UCAGAAACGACUUUCAGGAACGCAGGACUACGUCGCGCCCACUGUAGUAAAGUGCAUUUACUUAUGUUAAACUUCAGCUUUCGCGUUUGAUUGAAGUUAAUAAUAAUAUGUUUAUAAGAGUAGUGAUAGCUUCUACAAGAUGAGGAGGAAGCUGCGCACCACCUUUGUGAACAGAAGAGAAGUUCUUGCAGGAGAUCGAUAGGGGAUAAUAGAAGUUCAGAACGACACCAACGGCAGUAUACGUAGCUUUGAACUACCCGAAAAUAGUUGCUCAACUUCCUCUUCGAGAAGAACGGAGAACCGGGAAGAACACAAAGUGAACAACCCAAGCCCAAGAAGCGGAACCCGCUUCAUGACCUCCCUCCAAAGAACUAAGCAACAAUCCCUAGGGUCACCUGUUCCAAACCAUACGACAAGUAGAGACAAGGAAUACACAAAGACAAGGACAAAACCUCCUCAUAAGCACCUCCAGCAAGAACCAACACCCUCUCCCAAACAACAAGAUGGAGCACUACAUAGACUUCGAGAAGGGCUACUCUUCGGUACCGGAGGAGCCUGAGUUGGAGAUAGUCGAUGUCAACGACGACCGCAUGUCCUUCUGGCUGAAGGAGUGCGAUACGAGUGUAGCCAACGCGUUGAGAAGGAUCUUGAUCGCAGAAGUGCCGACAUUGGCAAUCGACUUGGUCACGAUAUAUUAUGACUUCUUUGGUUAGAUCGAAGUAGUGUAGUCAUCUUUUACACCUCUGGAGGGGGUACAUUCAUUCAUUUAUUCGCUAAUGAUGUUAUUUAUAAUUGAAGUUAUGUAUACCAUGGACUAGUCCUUUCAUCAUCAAUGGGAUGAAAGUGGUUCAUAUAGAUACAUUUCUACCACCACCCAGAAAGAUAGUGAUAUAUUUUUUUGUUUGAAGAGAUAGAAAGAUCUUGGUCUUCUUCGGUUCAAAACACCACUAACCCACAAACAUGAUAUUUAAUAACCUUUUCAUUAUAUUGUCGAGAACCUCCCCCUUAUCUCUUCCUUUUCAUAUUGUCGAGAUAUUUACAACACUCUUCGGUUCUUAACACCACUACCACUACACCAACUCCCUCCCUCUCCUUUUUCAUAUUGUCGAGAACAGCAGUGUUUUGUUCGAUGAGUUCAUCGCGCAUCGAUUAGGCUUGAUACCUCUGGAGAGCAAUGGAAUUGGAGACACGCUAGAGGACCAUGCAGUCGACCGAGACGGAGGAAGAGGUGGGUACGACAUCGCUCUCGUGCCACCUAGCAUGGGCAGUAAACUUGGUAAUACACAUGCCAGUAUAGUAUUACUGAUGAUACAAGUCGCACUAAGUCUACUUAGUUGUAACACACUACUGUUGAUGUUGUUCUCGGAAAUACACAUACCAGAAUACAUAGUUCUAUCUUUCCUAGGUAGCUUGGCUCCGCCACAAAAAGUAUAGUAUUAAGGAAGAUGUUCUGUAUGUGACAUCAGUUCAAGUCUACUGUUGUUGUUCUCGGAAAAAUCCUAUUUUUAUAGAAUCUAUACUUUGGAAAAUUCUUAUUCUUUGUCUCAUUGUGGUUCUAUCUCGUCCGAAAAUUCGAGAACUUUUUCCAUCCCUAACAAAUGCAACAUUAUCGUCCCAACCCACUCUUCAAACACACACAUCACCCACGACAGCGUACGAAAACGAGAAGCGCACUAAUGAGGAUGCCAUAGACAAUUUUGGAUUGACCUACGCGAUUUCCGCCAUAGAGGAGAAGGAUGGCGGUUGUGAGUGUGUCGGAGGCUGUCCGCAAUGUGAAGUCAAGUUCACACUAGACGUCGAAAAUACUACCAUGCAUCCGAUUGAUGUGACGCAUUUCGACUUGAAGCUAGUGGAAGAGGAGUCGAGACGGAGGUAGAAAUAGAUGAUCGAUGAAAGAAUUACACUGCUCUAAUAUUGUCACAUUUUUUUUCCAAAAUAAUCGAUCCUAUUCCUCUCCCAAUCCAUGUUAUCUGAAUCCCAUCUGACCCUUCACAGACAACGCAAGUACCAAUGCGUGCCAGUGCCAAGACGAGAUAACAGUUUGACAGAGGAGGAGGAUGCCAAACAGAAUGGCAUCAAGAUUGUGAAACUAGCACCUCAACAACGACUAAAGUUGGACGCCAUUGCGGUGAAGAAUACAGCUAGAUUUCACGCCAAACACAACCCCACAGGAACUGUCAGCAUGAAGACAGAAGCGGAAAUAUCAUUCGAUAAUGUUAAGGUACUUACUUUCUUACUUAGUUACACUAGAAAUAGAAUGUGUACAUCACCAAUUACAUGCUGAUGCUUGUUCAAGUUGAUUCAUCUUCUCGGAGGUAGUCGUAGUUCGUUGGGGUUCUUGGCCUUCGGUCUCUUGUACAACAUGAUCUUCUUUCCGCCAGCCCACUGACGUAUCAUUACAACAAACGAAGAGACUCACUUCACUCCUAUCCGAGACCACUUCUUAAUUGUCACUCUUAUCCGCGACUUCUUAAGAGAAUCACUUCACUCUGUUGAUUUACACUCGUCACACUUCCUAUCACUUACACUCGUCUCACCCUCCUAUCCUACGUCCAAUUACGCACUCCUCCUCCAGCAUCACCCAUCCCUGGAGCAGAAAAAGGGUAUAAUUGCGGCAGAUCCAAGCAAGACUUUGGAAUUAGACGAUACAGGACACUUGAGAGUCCGAGACCCUCUGGCCUGCCUCCACUGCGACUCAAUACUUAUGAUGUUGGAUCAUGUUAAAUAGAAUGUUGACUCUUUAUUAUUAUUUCGUUAUUGAGUUAAUGUUAACAAAGUUACCUCCAUUAGAGCAAACUGUUAUUAUUUCGUUAUUGCGUCAUGAUCAUGAAGUAAACUAAAUUCGAUUUAGUUGAUCUGCUCUAAUCCGCAAGAAUACUGUGCAGAAAAUGGCCUCAGAAACUACAUCACGAUAACGCACAAGCCAAGAAAGUGGCUCUUUGAGGUGGAGGGCACAGGAGCACGAACACCGGCAAGCAUCGUGAUGGCAGGUAUAAUUACAUUAAAAGAUAUUUUUUGAUCAUAGGUUCUGAAAUGAGAUGUUGGUGAUUUCCUAUCUUAUCCCAGAUACGGAGCUGAAGAACAAGUUGCUGGACUACAUCUAGACUUCAUGCACCAUAGGGUUAGUAGUCUACUUUGCUUCCAAUCUUAUCCCAUCUUCGCAACUACGUCAGGCCUCAAAGUCUGGAAGGAUAAGUUGCGGAGAUUCAAUCAAGAUAUUCGGGAUCUGCAUGCAGCCUUGCAAGAAGGAGGAACGGCACCUGGCAUCAGUGUUGCAAUCGAGGACGGGCUAUCAAUGCAAGACGGAUCAUUUUUAUGAAAUCGAUUCAUCUCAUGAUACUCAACAUUCUAAGUAGAUUUCGAACCGACUAACAUCAGCGUCCUUCAUCGGCUACAGCAAUUGACAUCUUCACCGUACAGAGCAGCUGGCGUACUAUCAGCACCUUGAGUGCUCACCUCUCUCGUAUUACGAGAAACAACGGCUCCACAAGAAUAGAAAAUUUCAUCCUUUUAGCAGAGCACUUCUAAUCUAUCCCGGUGCCGGCUUUCGUGUGCCGCACAAUCCUUCUGUGGCUCAGAGUGUAGGGCCUAGGUCAGAUAGAGGAGGCGCGUUGCUGACACCUGGGGAUGGGGAGGCACGACUCCAGCAAAACUAUGGUGUUGGCAGUGACAUUGGCCAAGAAAGGGACAUGGAUAUCGAUGACAUCUAA